AUGUCUGGCGAACUAAACGCGGCACCGGUUCUGUCAACACCGGAAGACCACUUAUUCGAAUACGCCGUGGUCCCGACCGACGACACGGUCAAGACGAAACCAGACGAUGAACUCAGCGACAUCUAUGAAAUCUCCAGGACAGCAAAGGAGAUUGGAGAGGGAGGGUGGAGGAGGAUUGGUUUACAGUUUCCUGACCAUAUGCUCUGCGAUGCCCCCAGAGUGGUCCAGCUUCUAGAGAAAGAGCUCGCUUCUCUACCUCAACCGACGGCGACGGCGACGACGACGACGUCUAUCACAGACUGCCAGUCAACACCGACAGCAUGCUCCGAGUCCGCCGCGACGAACAAUGGACAAUGCGGCCGUGAUGCCCAAAAAAACGGUACAUGCUGUGGGGGUGGUAAACAAGCAUCGACACCAUCAGAAUCACAGCCCAAGGCCCGUCGAGUAUAUGUCCUUGCUGAUACCUCGUACAGCGCUUGCUGCGUCGACGAGAUUGCCGCCGAACACGUCAAUGCCGAUGUUGUUGUCCACUAUGGCCGCUCGUGCCUCUCGCCUACUUCCCGUCUGCCCGUCAUCUAUGUCUUCACCAAGCACGUCCUCGACCGCGAUGCUGCUCUCGCCGACUUCGAGAAGGAAUACCCAGACAAGGAGGCCAAGGUGGUCCUUAUGGCCGAUGUCACAUACCAAGUCCAUGUCCAGUCGCUAUUGUCGGAGCUCCAGAGCCGUGGCUACACCAACCUGCUAGCCACCGAGAUUGUCCACAACCCCAUGGGAAGGAUACCAAACAGAAAGGUUGUGGACGCUGAAGGCAAAGAGGUUGAAAUCAGCGACGGCAGCGAAACCUCGACAGAUUUGAAUCUCCGGGAUUACUCCAUUUUCCACGUCUCCCAGCCGCCAACCGCGCUUCUCCUCGCCCUGUGCUCCAGAGUCAAGAACCUCUACAUCUUCCAGACCUCUUCCGAUAGCUCCUCGCUGUACUCCGCCCAGCGCCUUCUUGGUCGCCGCUAUGCCCGCCUCCUCUCCCUGACAACGGCUGGCAUCAUCGGUAUCCUCGUCAACACCCUCUCGGUUUCCAACUACCUUUCCUCGAUCGAUAGCAUCCGCAAGCAGAUCGCUGCUGCCGGCAAAAAAAGCUACACAAUGGUGGUUGGAAAGCUCAACCCAGCCAAGCUUGCCAACUUUGCCGAAAUCGACGGCUGGGUUGUUGUCGGCUGCUGGGAGAGUUCUCUUAUUGAGGAUGAUGCUGGCUUCUACAAGCCCGUCAUUACCCCCUUUGAGCUCGAGCUUGCCCUCACCAGUGACGACGAAAGAAUCUGGACUGGCAAGUGGUGGGGUGGCAUCGAGGCUGUCAAGCCGCCGGUUGAGGAGAAGCUGGAGGAGAAGAAAUCCGAGGAUACCGAUAACAACGAGACGACCAGUCACGAGCAAGCCUCUGGUGACGCCGAUUCUGACAGCGAAGAGGAGUCCGCACCACCCGAGUUCGACUGGAGGUCAGGAAAGCUUGUCAGCCAUAGUAGGCCCAUGCGCAUGGCCGCGUCGAAACCCAAGAGUGAAAAGAAGGAGGCUUCGUCUGACAAGCCGGAUGCGCCGCCACGAUCAAGCGCUUUGACCCUGAGAUCCAAGGCUCAGGAGUUGGCAUCAGUCAACGGCGUCGUUAGCCCAGGUGCAGAGUAUCUUCGUACUCAGAGGACCUGGGUCGGUCUAGGUACCGAUUUUGAUGAGGAGGCUAGCAUGACGAUUGAAGAGGGAAGAGGUGGAGUGGCGAGAGGCUACAAGGUCGGCGAAGAGGGAGAGAAGGACUUGAUGUCCUGA